GCAACAGCGAGCCCUCCUAGCCUGGGCGCCACGCCAGAGGAACUGGGGCUGCAGCCUAAACUAUGGGUGGGUGCGUCAGGAUGGAAGCCCUCGGUCGAAAUCCCGCUUCAGCUUAAGCUCUACUGGCCUCCCCAGUCCUAUCACCCCGACCACUAGCCCUGCUGGCUGCUCGCCGGGGCUGACGGCGGUUGGCGUCCAGAGAGGGAUUCCUCCUCCGCCCCUGGUGCGGAGCCCAGGAGCCCCGCCGGCUGGCCAAGGAUCUGAUCGCUCCUGCCUGCGCGGGACGGGAAAGGGACCCUCCCAGGGCUCCACAACAGCCUGCACGCGGCUUCACGCCUCCCUCGAAAGGCCAGGGUCGUCGUCGUCGGCAGCAGCAGCAAAGACGUCGUCCAGGCACCGCCAGGCACCCUUGACCGCUUCUCCGGCGGGCUGGGGAGGGGCGAGGCGAGGCGGGAGGCGCCUAUAAAGGGCGUCCGGCGCUGCAGAGCCCGGGAAGGCGAGAUGGCCGGGGAGGAGUCGCUGCCCCAAGCCGUCGGGCUCCUCAGCAUCGCCGCCGGGUCUCUCUUACUUGCCGUCCGCUUCUAUAGCUCCACAAGGCCAACCGCUUUGCUCCCCAGCACGGCUCUAGGCGUCCUCCUGGUGGUUUUGUCGCCUCUCCUGGCAUAUGCGGGGGUCCGGAAAAGCCUCCAAAAUGCCUCUCUGUUUGUGUCCCUCUGCCUGACCGUCUCAGUGCUCUGGUGCAGCUACGGAGUGAUCCAGAUCCUGGCUGGACAAGGAGUCCUCCACGGCGCUCUUGACCUGCGCCACGCUGCCGUGCCGGGGCUGGCCGCCUUCAGCCUUGGGCUGCUGCUCCUCAGCCUGGGGGGCUUCCUUCGGAGAGAGGCCCCCCUGGCUGUGAUAGCCUUGGCCAUCGCUCUCGCUUGCGCCCAUGAAAUUGCUGCGCUUUACGAUGCUGCCUUUGGUUCGUCUGCCGUGGCCUACAGUUACCUGCUGGUCUGCCUCGUAGGGGGCUACCUUGGGGUGGGGAGGUGCCUCUGGUUCCUCAGCAAAGAGGCACUUGCCCUCCCUGGCACAGACAUGGCAAAACAAAAAACCCGGGAUGGGCAAGGCCUGGCCGGUGGCACAGGCACAGACGAUUUGGUGCCCAUCGGCUUGAUCCUGAACAUGCUGUCUGCAAGCGUCUUUGGCUGCAGGCUCCUGGGGGUGACGGGUGGUCUCUUUGUGGGGCAAGUCCCCUGGCUCUGGGCAGGAGGCAUCUAUCAGCUGGGGGUCUCCAUCUUGUGCUAUCGCACGCCGGAUGCCCUGACAGCCACGUUCUUUGCCUUCACUGCCCUCCUGAAGUUUGGCGGGGGCUAUUCCCUCUUGAUGCUGCUCUGGCUGCCGGAGGAGCCUCUUUUCCCCGUUCCAUUCCUGGUGGCUUUGGCUGUCCUCUUGGGGGUCUUGGCCCUUUUCGUGGCGGUGGACAGCCUGGCUGACGGCCUCUACAUCCUCUUCUACGUGGCCUUCUGCAUCGCCCUUGCUUGCUAUCCACAAGGAUUUUUUGAAGCUGGCCCUCAGGGCGUGGCAGUGGCCAUUUUUGUGGCCUCAGCUCUCCUGACCCUCAUCCACCUUUUCAAGGGGAAGGCAAGGGUUAGGUUCCCGUGUGGGGACAGGGCCCUCCGCUCCUUGCUCUUGCGCCUCCGGGUUUGCAAGCUCUGGGAGGGGAAAGACUCCCACGCCCCCUUUCUGGGCUACUCCAAGUACGCCGAUGCGGAGGUGCUGGGCUACGCGUGCAGUGCGCUUGCUUCUUUUGCCAUCUGCGUGGCUGUGGAGCCAAAGUCCCCACUUGCCACAAUAGUCAUCCCUUGGAUGGUGGUAGCUGGAGGGAUCUUGAAGCUUCUGUGUGGCUCUGUGGCCUUCUCCCGUGGCAAGACUUUGGAGAGCAGUGCCUUCAUCCUCUAUGGGUUCACGUGGAUCCUCUGGUGCCUCACUAGAUAUGGGGGGCUGUAUGGCUCUGCCCGGGGCUUCCAGGUGGCGGUGGGCACCAUCUCCCUCAUGCUCUCCAAUGCCUUUGUUGUCCUUUGCGCCCUCUUCCUGAACAUCUCCUGGUUUGUCUAUUCUCUCACCUUUGAGCUUGUUCUCCUCAGCUUUGUGUUGGAUGCAGCUGGGGCUGUCCCAGCCGGCUACGACUUUGCAGUCACCAUCAUCUUUGGCCUGGUGAGCUUCUACUGCUUCCUGUCUGCUCUGGUCAACAGCACUUUUGAAAGCCCCCAACUGCCCACAGGACGUCCCAUUGUGAGGCUCGGUGGCUUUGGGGGAGAAGGUGGCAAAUGUCUCCACCUGCCAGCCAGAAAGGCUUCUUCGGUCAAGCAAGUUGCAGAGAUAAUGAGGAAUGGGGGGGCUUGUGGGAUCCCCACGGAUACUGUGUACGUGCUUGCAGCAGCCUGCAGUCGACCUGAUGCCAUAGAGAAAGCUUACAACACCAAGUGGCAGGCUCAGGACCGUCCCAUGUCCCUCUGGAUUUCGAGUCUGAAACAGCUGGAAGCAGCUAAGCGUCUGUUCAGCCCGGUCCUCUGGGAUUUCAUGGCUGCCACCUGGCCGUCACCCGUCAGCUUAGUGGUUCCACGAGGGGAAUGGGAGGACUGCCUGGGCAUGAAAGACUCUGCCAAGUAUGUUGGCACCUCUCAGAGCAUUGCCGUCCGCAUCCCAGACUGCUCUGUCACGACGCAUCUCAUUGACUUGGUUGGCCCCAUCACAGUCACAUCUGCCAAUCCUACAGGAGAAGCUGACACGACCCAUCACAACCAGGUGUACGCCAAGCUGGGAAACAAGGUGGAUGCGGUCCUCUGCGAUGGAUCUUCCCCAGAAAACGUUGCCUCUACUGUGGUGGACUGCACUAAGAUUGAGAGUGGGAAUGUCAGCUUCUUCAGGGUCCUACAGAUUCUGGAGCAGGUCCAAAGAAAACACCAGCAAGGCCACACCAGUCACACCAUGGCCGUGGAGGGCAAAGAGGAGCCCCCAAACCUGUCCAGAGCCAGCCCCAAUGGGACUUACCGUGUUCCUCUGCAAAGGGACUCGCUGCCGUCAUUUAACAAUGAAGCUUUCAGGUCUGAAGAGGCAGCAGCUGUGCCUCCAUGAGCAAAGCUAUCCAAGAAACAUCAGGAGCGGCCUUGCUCUCAGACAGGGUCCCACUGUUCCUCAGAAAAAGGGUGUUGCCUUCAGUGCCUUGUGAUCAAUGCUUGCUGGAGACCCCUGGAUAGUGCCCUCUUUUCUCUCUUCCUCCACUUUCUCGAGCAUACAAUGAUCGUGAUGUUGACUUUGGGCAUUGGAAUACAUCAUCCUGCUUGCACCAGAUAAUAUUACGGACAACCUGUGAACUGGCCCCUUCCCUUCCCUGUGUCCUUGUGCAAGAGCCAACUAAUGCACCAUGCAGUUGCCACUGGGGUGGGCAAGGGAAGGUGAGCAAUAGUAGUUGCUCUGGGCAGCUGCCCUUUCCGAACUGGCAUCUCCACAAGUACACCCAGAGAGGGAAGCUAGCACCUAGGACGGGGAAGCGUAAGCAUGAAGUUCAGGAGCUGAGUCGUGGGCACAGGCCAACCAGCAGCCUGCUGUGCCCCGUAGUUAAGUCAUGUUUUGUCAGCCUCAUGGACCAUCUCUACAAUGACACUAAGAGUAAUGAUCUACCUCGCGGGGGUCUUGUGGGACCAAGUUAACUACUUUGAACAAUAUGCUUAUAUAAAUAGUAACACCCACCCUGUAGUUCUUCAUGUGGCUGCAUUGCAAACUGCAGCAGUUUCUUAUAACUUCUUUUUAGCGCUAAUAAAAUCUCAUUUUUUAAAAACUAAACCUCUGAAUGGGUCAAUUUUAUUUUAAAAUCACACACAGCUACUGUUAGU